AUGCUUGCGGCUGGAAUAAUAGAACCAUCCAGUAGUCCCUGGGCAGCUCCAUUAGUUCUUGUGCGCAAGAGAUUGGGUGGGUGGCGGUUCUGUGUGGAUUACCGUCGUCUCAACGCGGUCACAAAGAAGGACUCUUAUCCACUACCCCGCAUCGACGAUGCUCUGGAUUACAUUAGUGGAUCAAGUUGGUUCAGCUCCCUCGACAUGCGAAGUGGAUAUUGGCAGGUGGAGCUCAGCCCCCAGGCCAGGGCAAAGACUGCAUUCACAUUCGGGCAAGGACUCUGGCAGUUUCGUGUAAUUCCAUUUGGCCUGUGCAAUGCGCCGGCCACAUUCGAGCGUCUCAUGGAGCGGGUGCUCGCCGACAUUCCUCGCAGCCAUUGUGUGGUGUACCUGGAUGACCUGCUGGUCCAUGCGAGUGAUUUCAGCAAAGCUUUGGGCCACCUGAGCGGCGUCUUCAGUGCCAAGAACUUUGCCUCUGUCGCAGGGCCCCUACACCGCCUGACGGACAAAGGAAAGCCUUUCAUUUGGACUAACAGCUGUGACACUGCUUUCAACCAGCUAAAAGCAGCCCUCACAGCCACGCCCAUCCUUGCGUACCCGCACGUAGAUCUCCCCUAUGUGGUGGACACAGACGCUAGUGGCACCGGAAUUGGGGCUGUCCUUUCACAGCAGGGAGGCGAAGGAGAGCGAGUAGUGGGGUACUACAGUCGCGCUCUCAGUCGUGAGGAGAGGAACUACUGUGUCACACGCCGAGAGCUGUUGGCCGUAGUAAUGGCACAGAGUGUCGUUACUGCGAGCGCCAGGAAGAGCGGGAUCGGGACAAGCCCAGGGUUUCCACUGCCACAAUUAACCCCCCCUGAUGACCUGUCUCCAGAACAGCUGCAGCAACUGCAAGAGUCCGAUACCACCCUGGCCCUGAUCAGGAAGUGGCUGGAACUGCCCAGACGUCCUGAAUGGCUGGCAGUAUCCCCCCAUGGCACUGAUAUUAAGGCCUAUUACUCUCAGUAG